CCUCACUUACGGGUGAGAGUCCUAAAUUGCAUCAUUUUCCCUAUGUAGGCUUAGUGCAUUACAUUCGACAUCAGCCCUUAUCAAGCGUAGUGCACCAUAUAGCCAUGGUGACUGGGGUGCCAGCUGGGAUGCAAGCCUAGCGUCGUAGUUGCCUUGACUGGGGUGCCAGCUGGGAUGCAAGCCUAGCGUCGUAGUUGCCUCUAGUCAACCCAAAGAUCUCACAAUAUGUGGUGUCUGAAAUGAAGUGUUGUGAACUUCAGUCAGUCGAAGUUCUCUCGCUCUCUCUCUCUCCCUCUGUCUCUCUCCCUCUCUCUCUCCCUCUGUCUCUCUCUCUGUCUUUCGGUUAUUGUGUCGAUGAGACGAUGGGUAUCGAUGUGUGUGGAAGGGAGAGCGCGUGGCAGAGAGACAGAGCCACGGACCGGUCACACCCCCAUACACGAGCUUCCCUGUUGCGCACGUUACGAGAGGCUAUAAAAGCUGGCAUCUCGAGACAGUGGCAAUCAAGCAGCAAAUCAAUACAGCAUCGCGCGCGGCGAACCUCUGCAGACAUAUGUGUAUUUUUUUCAGUGGACUUUAUCGAGUGUUGUACGUUUUUCUUCCAUCAGGGGGACUUGUUGCAUUUAAACAGAGUGACAUUGUAUUUAUCCAGAUACAGGUCAUAUCUGUUAUUAACUGUCAUGCUGCUCCGGGUGUGGGCCAAACUCCCGUGGUUGCUCGCGCAGCUGCUCGCCAUGCUCUACUCCACUGUACAGGCGCGUGCGAAAAUAAACUCCAUCUCAACCGUGUUGCUCCGGGAGUCGCACGCGACGUCAGCCUAUAGGAGCUCGGGUUCCCCGUUACCCGGCACCGUGAGGAAGAGCGGCAAGGUCCCCGACCAGGUGUACCCCUGUGGAAUCGACCUGGAAUGUGGCAAGGGGAGCUUUUGCCAGGCUCCCUCCAGAAACCCCUCCCCCCAACGAUGUCACACCUGCCGACAGAGGAAGAGGCGUUGUCAUAGAGACGCCAUGUGCUGCCCCGGCAACCAUUGUAGAAACAAUAUCUGUACCCCUCUCCCAGACAGUGUGAUGACACAUCAUAUCACUGAGUUAGAGGAACACACCAGACUGCCCCCAAAGAAGAAGGUUGGUUGGAAGAAGAGAGGGAGGGGUCAGACCAAGCUGCCCCCCAUCAAAGGUCAGCUGGGUGACCCGUGUCUCAGGUCUACAGAAUGUUCUGUCGGUCUGUGUUGUGCCCGUCACUUCUGGGACAGGAUCUGUAAGCCCGUGCUGAGACACGGGGAGGUGUGUACGCGGCACGGCAGGAAAGGACAGGAGCUGUUCCAACGCUGUGACUGUGGAGAGGGACUGGCCUGCCAAACACUCCGUACAGCCCUGCCAUCUUCCUCACCGUCAUCGUCAUCGAAGUCGAUAGCAGCAGCAGCUAAAGCAAGAUUGUACUUGUGUCAGAGGGAGUGAGGAAAGGAGUGAGGAAAGGAGGGAAGGAGGGAAAGAAAAUAAAGACUCAACCACUGCCCCAUCAGCUCCAUCUUCCCCCGAUGGAGAGGGGGAGGAGUCACUUGGAGAAGAGACCUCUAUCUCUACCUGUAGACUGACUCACCUGGAGAAGAGACCUCUAUCUCUACCUGUAGACUGACUCACCUGAAGAAGAGACCUCUCUCUACCUGUAGACUGACUGCCCUGGAGAAGAGACCUCUAUCUCUACCUGUAGACUGACUGCCCUCGAGAAGACACCUCUAUCUCUACCUGUAGACUGACUCACCUGAAGAAGAGACCUCUAUCUCUACCUGUAGACUGACUCACCUGAAGAAGAGACCUCUACCUGUAGACUGACUGCCCUGGAGAAGAGACCUCUAUCUCUACCUGUAGACUGACUGCCCUCGAGAAGACACCUCUAUCUCUACCUGUAGACUGACUCACCUGGAGAAGACACCUCUAUCUCUACCUGUAGACUGACUCACCUGAAGAAGAGACCUCUAUCUCUACCUGUAGACUGACUCACCUGAAGAAGAGACCUCUAUCUCUACCUGUAGACUGACUCACCUGGAGAAGAGACCUCUAUCUCUACCUGUAGACUGACUGCCCUGGAGAAGAGACCUCUACCUGUAGACUGACUGCCCUGGAGAAGAGACCUCUAUCUCUACCUGUAGACUGACUCACCUGGAGAAGACACCUCUAUCUCUACCUGUAGACUGACUCACCUGGAUAAGAGCGUCUGCUAAAUGACUUAAAUGUAAAUGUAAAUGGAGAAGAGACCUCUAUCUCUACCUGUAGACUGACUCACCUGGAGAAGAGACCUCUAUUUCUACCUGUAGACUGACUCACCUGGAGAAGAGACCUCUAUUUCUACCUGUAGACUGACUCACCUGGAGAAGAGACCUCUAUCUCUACCUGUAGACUGACUCACCUGAAAUGAUCAGCACCUUAUCAAUACUGUAUGGAAUAAUGAUCGGCACCUUAUCAAUACUGUAUGGAAUAAUGAUCGGCACCUUAUCAAUACUGUAUGGAAUAAUGAUCGGCACCUUAUCAAUACUGUAUGGAAUAAUGAUCGGCACCAAAUGAUCGGCACCUUAUCAAUACUGUAUGAAAAUUACUGUGUGAAAGAUGUUUGAUCAUUGUGCAUUCUGUAUCAUAGGACUUCUAGAAGCAUCUGAAUAAAUGAACAUGAAACUAUUAAAGAAUCAGAUUUUCAAACAAA